ACACACACACACACACACACACACACACACACACACACACACACACUUGUUGGGAGGGACUAGAUGUCAUACGUCACCACUCGGUGUCCCUUUAAAUAGCUCGCGCACCCUCGGUGAGCAGAGCAGAUACUGACGGCGGGACAGAGAGACACUGUGAACUGGCAGUGAAGUUUCCAUGAAGAGCAACAGGUUUAAGAUGAACUUGGGAAAGUUUUUGCAGAUCUUUCUAGAUGUUUUUAUCCCAAUAAUUAUUUCUUUUUGAUUGGACACCUAACAAAGAAAUGUCUUGUUCUGGACUACAAUAAUAACAUUUCCCUACCAACCAAUAUUUACGGGGAAAGAAUCUCAGAAUCAAGGUUUUUUGUUUUUUAUUCUUUCCCUGUGACUUUCCAUAGAGAGGUCAGCACUAUCUUCUAGAGACUUAAGACUCUUUUUGGAUUCUGAGCUGAGCCCUGAGCCCGGCACCAUGCUGUACCUGAAGAAGUACUUCACGGAGGGCCUCAUCCAGAUGGCCAUCCUGCUCAGCCUGUGUGGUGUGCGGGUGGACGUGGGGCUGGAGCCCUACCUGCCCCCCCCCUGGCACGACAUGAUCCUGGGCCCCACCUCGCUGCUGACCCAGACGCAGUUCCACAACCUCCGCAACCGCAUGGAGGACGGCCAGGCACUGCACCCCAAGAGCGUGGACCUGGAUGGCUUCUUCACGACCCGGAGGCUGCUGGGCUUGGUCCGCUCCCUGGACAGACUACAGGUUCCUCAUUCAGAAGUGGAAACAUGGCUGGUCCAGAGGGACACGGAUCCUCUCCCCAUAGGGGGUCCAGACCUGUCCCUGGAGAGAGCAGCUGCUGGUGGGGAGAGAGAACCAACGGCCCUACCUGUGGAAUCCAGAGCUGUUGUCCUGCAUGAAGAGGAGGAGGAUAAAGAGGUAGCUGGUUCUCUCUUUAACAGCAGUCAGGAUUUGUGCUUCAGCUUGUUCUGGAGUGUUUUCAGAACCAGACCACUUAAGAACUAAGAUUAGCAUAACAUUUAUUUUUGGCUGAAGUCUAACCAACAACAUUUAGAAGGUUGCUGUGGGUUCUGUGGGAAAAAGGCUAAUUGCUCAAUAGUUUCCCAUGAGAGGACAUUUAUUUUUUGUGCAGAAAUGGUCAUGUUAUGAAGUCACAAGAGGCAAAUCCAGUCAAAGCAAAAGGGUUGACGUGCUUCUGUUUGGUUCUGAAAUUGCUUUCCUAGACUUUUAAUCUUCUGAAGCUUUUUGGGGUUAGGUGAAGGUGUCAAACAAAUAGAAUGCUAUCUGCUACGGUAUUUUACUGUGUAGAGUAAUGUGUAAAAUAAUGCACAAUUAUGUGGUCGGAAAAAUGUUGGCUCUCCCCUUUUUCGCCCUUGAACAAACAUUUAUCUUGUCUAUUUAAAGACUUUCAUCCACGCCCCCACACAUCUCACACUCAUUCACUAAAAAUGUGCCCAUUAUCAAAACAUAAUUACAUAAAUAGCUUAACAUUCCUUAAUAAUAAAAAUGAUAAAAAUGCAAAAGCUCUAUAUAAUAAGUGGCUCCAACAGGUUCAGAUCUGCGUUGAUCUUUGUCCACGCCAUAACACUGUUGGGUCUAGAGACAAAACUAUUUUUAGCACACGUGAGGAGUUUAACUUUUGUUGGGAGAAAUUUGAAGCAAGGGUGCUUUCCAUUCUGCUCACGAGGGUUUCCAGCCAGUCUGGUCUAAAGGGCGGCGUACGCUUGAAAGAAGUUGUACUAACCUGUUUUAAUUCAAAUUCUACGUUUUUACUAUUAGUUUACAAGAGCUCACAUGCUCUCUGAUUCCAACUAGAACUGAUAAUAUGUAAAAUAGUUGUUCCUACAAGUCAAAAUACACUUGUUUCCACAGCCAAACAGCAGCCUGUGGAAUGAAGACAGUCUCAGUUUGUUAGAAGUCUACUUGUGUCACAGGAGUAAACAUAUGAAGAUAUUUAUUUAUACUUUAACUUUAUAAUUUAGCUCUUAACACAAAACCAAGUGUAAUGUAAUGUGAGUUAAUGAGUCAGAGUUACGUGAGUCACCUCACCACGGAUGACCUCAGCAGGAACAUGAAGUACAGUAGACAAACACACACUUAUAUAGUGACCUGAUGUGAAGAGGAAAUAAAAUCAACCAGCUUGAAAAAAAGUUUGAGAUUGAAAGACUCAUUUCAAAUGUGAACACAUCAGUGGCAAGCCUUAAUACUUUGUACUUUUAUGCUUGAUUAUAUAAGUGAAUACGUUUAUUUUCUAUUUCUUUAAGUCACAUACAGCAGAUAGAGUCAGGGCAAUCAGCUGAUGGUCAUGUGAUCUGGGUGGCAGCGUUCACUUCUUGUUGUGGCCUGCAGGAACAUUUAUUAAGAGCAACACCUCAGACAUGCCUGGUCAAGCUUUGGCCCGUAACACAUGCACUACCUGACUGCCACAUCCUUCAUGUUGAAACUGAAAAUAAUCUGCAGAACACACCAUGCCGAACACACACAGUGUACAAUAUAUAAAUAGCCCCCGUCCCUCCCACCUCCCAGUGUUUUUUGAAGUCUACUCAUGUAUCAAGUAGCACUCAUACACACUAACUCACAUACAGUCACACACAACACUUUAUUAGCCUGGGCCCAACUGGCUUGUUUUGAAACCUGAACGCUGGCCUGUUCAGGUCAGCCUGACACACAUUUCAAACCCCCCAGUUUUGCAAUCCCUCCUCUUAACUGCAUCAACACGCACGCAAAUUAUUAUUUUUUAAAAUAUAUUUUUCAUUAGUUUUACCAAAAUAACUAGGGCCCGCUAU